AUGAAGAAAAAUUCUUCUGUAAUUUUCUUCCUUGUGGCCCUGUCACAAUUUAUCACGAUGGCAUUCCUCAUUAUCGGCUCCGUCACAGCUCCAAUUUUCAAGCAAAUCGGGUAUUCUAAAUACGACGAGAUCACAUAUGGUACAUUCGGCUACUGUAAAGAUGGUUCUUGCUCCAAGGCAAGCUAUAAUUACAAUCCUGAUCAAUUAUCGGACAGUGACAGUGACUGGAAGCUUAAUAGCAAUGCCAGGUCCAUACUGGGUAAAAUCAUCUUCGUCACGCCCAUUGCUGCUGGUCUGAAUUUUUUGGCAUUUUUUUCUACCAUCAUGAGUAUUCUCUUGAUUAACGUAUUAUCGAGUGAUAAGGUUGGUGGUGCAUCUGCCAUCAUGUUUUUUGUCAAUUUGGCAUUGUCCACUUUAGGCUUUCUUUCUGCUUGUUUGAUAUGCAUCGUGGCGUUUUUACUGUUCUACCCUCACGUCACCUGGUGCUCAUGGAUUUUGAUACCGGGUGCUGCUUUAUCCCUGAUAGUAGUUCCCUUGAUAUUCUUGGCUUAUUCAAGAAGCUCAGGUUCUAGAGAUGACGAUGAAAUGGAAGAAUUGGAAGAAAAGGGUAUGCUGCUGAACGAGCCAUAUCCAAACUCAGCGGCCGAGAGAUUCAAUAUCGAUGCUGAUGGUAAUUUCAAUAUGCGCGGAGACUCAAGAACGAAUUUAUUGAGUAACAGUUUCGAAAAUCGCACCAACGCUACAGUCCUGCCAGAUAUUACUUCACAUAUACAAGGUCCAAAGUUAUCGAAUGUAACCACAUCCACUGCAUCCGAUGUCUCCACUUACGAUAAAGAGGCCAAAGAAAUGGGGAACUCGAAUGCCUCUGAACUCAAUUACGAAGAAGACGAUGGUAUGGCAUAUGACAAGAGAAGGUCUACUUCUACGUAUUCUGUCAUUGAAAGUGAAAGUGGUCUGAAAAGCAGCGGUCCUUCCAAUGAUUACAUGAGAAAUAAUGGCAGUGAUACCGACAACAAUAUAAAUAACAAAGUACUUUUGGCGAAAACGGGAAUUUCAUCCAGCCCAUCAUUGGCAUCCUCAGACUACUCCCAAAGAGACGUCAUCCCUCACAGGAAUCCUUCGAGGCUAUUGAAUGAUAUCAUGGAGACCUCGUACAAUGAACCAAACGACAACCACAUCAAUAACAUGUCUUCUUUCAACGAUAAGGACUCAAAUCUAACUUCAAUAUCGCAAAAAGAUGUCAACACAGGAGUAUACAACCAAAUGCCCCAAUCAACGGCUGCGGCCCCUCAAAACAUGAGAUUUUAUGCUGGUCAACCACAUCCAAUGCCGUUAGCAUAUCAACAACAACAACAACAACAACAACAACAACAACAUCAGUAUAAUUUAUAUCAAAGAACUGCCCCUGCUGGUCCAGACCCUUCUAAUAUUAUUCUACAAAACAAUCCUCAUUUCAAUAUUGGCCCAAGUCAACUACCACAGCGCAGAAAUCCAAUACAACAAGCCGGUUUUUCUUCAAAUCCAUCACCAAGCCAAAGCCCCAUAACGUACGGUUACAAACCCGCCUACAAGAGGAGGUUACAAAAUAAAAAUCUGCCCAGGGCCACCACAACAUUGAAUAAUCCUUAUGGAUUCAGGUAA